UUGUUUUAUUGAAACUCAAUUAUGGUUCUUUUGCUUUUUUGGUUGGUAGUUUAUGUUCUGUGGUUGGUACUUUAGAUACCUGUCAGCUGUCAAAAUUUGCCCGAAAUCCGCAUGUUUGAAGUGUGUUUAUCUUUUUGUUGGAAUAGAUUAUUAGAUUAAUGAUUAAUAAUAAUCAUAGAUUGUUGGAGAAUUUUUCGCAUUAUUAAGGGAGAGGUGUUUCGAUUUUUGUGGCCAAAUGUCCCAGUCAUUGGAUAUUGCAUGGGGAAAUUCCGAGAAUGAAAGCUGUAUCAUCGAAAAGAAAGGACAGAUUAGAGAAUAAGAAGAGGAAAAUGGCCGCAUUGGUUAACAUUACCCAGCUGAAUGAAUAUGAUCGGGCCAAUAACAAAACCAAAAUGGCACGUCUAGAGGAAACCUCCACAAUUAUCGAGGACUCUAACCAAACUAAACCGGAACCCAGCACAAAAAAAGUCAAAAUAUCACACAAUACAGAAAAAUCCCCUUGCGAUCCAGGGCCGCCCCUGAUAGGCGACUUGGGGCCUUCGGGCAAGCCGAAGCUGAACGGCGCCGAAUUCUCCGAGCUGAAGAAGAUGCUGCGCAACAAGACGAACCGCAUCCGCCAGCAGCCGUGCUUCCGGCUGCGCGACAUGGGCGAGAACGCCUCCGUCGCGCUCGACCUCGAGCUGCGCAUGCCGCUCUUCCUCUCCGACCUGCAGCACCUGAUCAUGUACUCGCAGAUCGGCCCGCACUCGCCCUACUCGCCCGCGCGCUGGUGCGCCCUCGACAAGUACAACAAGCUGGCCAACUUCAACCUGCUCAUCGUCGAGAACGUCUCCCUCUACCAUUUUUCGGCGCACGAGAGCAUGUUCCCCAACCUCAACAACUUCACGCACCAGCUGGAGGUCGUCACGCCCAAAGCCUACAUGAGCGAUAUCGUGCGGGACUUAUCCAUGGUCCCCUUGACAGAUCGCACUUGGUAUCCAGGUACUCAGAUGAAAAAGUUUGUCGACAAAUUCGGGACUCUCGAAUCGGCGGUAACGCAAAGCACGGAGGUGUUCGACACGCUCAAAAACUCGUUCCCGAUCGAACGGACGGAAGAGGACGCCGACCAGCACAACGGCAACGUCGCCGUCGCCGACAAAUUUUCCAGGACCAAGCUUCUGCUGUCCGGAUGGCAAAUGGUCGAGGAAAACUUUCCUCUGCCCAUCAAGGGCCUGAUGGAACGCAAAUACCGAGGUUACGUCCUUACGAAAGACCUUUACGGCGACGUGACCCCUUCAAGUCCUAUGUACGCUCUCGAUUGCGAGAUGUGCAGGACCUCCACCGGCGACCUCGAACUCACCAGGGUGUCGGUCGUGGACGAGAACCUUAAAACCUUCUACGACACCCUCGUCAAGCCCGACAACAAGAUCGUCGACUACCUCACACAGUACUCCGGCAUCAACGCCAAAAUGAUGAAGAACGUGACGAAAAAACUGGCGGACGUUCAGCAAGAUUUGAGAAGACUUUUGCCCAAAGACGCAAUAAUCGUUGGGCAAUCGUUGAGCAACGAUUUUCACGCCUUAAAAAUGAUGCAUCCAUACGUAAUCGAUACAAGUGUAAUAUUUAACUUGACGGGCGACCGUACAAGAAAAACGAAGCUGCAAACGCUCACCAGAGAGUUUCUGCGCGAAAGAAUCCAGGAGAGCAAGAAAGGCCACUGCUCGACGGAAGACAGCCUGGCGUGCAUGAAGCUGACGCAGCUGAAGCUGAAAAAGAGCGUAUUCUACGGGGACGCGGUCAUGGGAGGGGGGAACGACGUGCGCGCCUACCCGGACAUGGCGACCAGCCAGUACGCGACCAGCAUGCUGCGGCAGUGCGCCAAGAUGGACAGCACGGUCCACGUGGCGGGCGUGGACGAGCUGGCCGCCAAGUACAGGUUCUACGUGGACAAGAACGCGGAGGGGCGGGGCGACGGGCAGAUUACGUUCGCGUCCGCGCACACCAACGACGGCGUGGUCGAGGAUCUUUGCAGGAACGCGGGGAAGCACAACGUGAACAUCGGGCAUGUGCGGGUUUCGGACGGCGAUUUGUGCGAUAUAAGCAGGAGCGAGACGUUCAGGGUGAUCGAUAACUGGACGAAGAAGCUGAACGAUUCCUGCAAGAUGCCGAGUUUGAACGUCGUCCUGCUGGGUGGGCAUCAGGAUAGCGGGAACGGCGUCUGUUUUAUGUUUCUCAAGAAGGAAUUCAUUAAAUAAAACGUAGGAUGGUGCCUUAUGUUAUUAAUUAUGACAUAACAAUUUUAAUUUGAAAUAUAUUCAUUCAUUUAUGUAUAUACCAUUAUUUAAAUUAUUUUUAAAUAAAACUAUUCUGCAUGCUUAUUGGCUAUUAUUCAUUUUGUACUUGUUGAACUCUAUUCUUGGAUAA